AUGCUUCACUGUCCGGUUGUUGGUAAAAAUGUUUUCUAUAAAGCGGCCGUAUAUGAACAUGCCGUAAUAUUUCCGGAUAAAGUAGCAGAAUCUUACGAAGAGGCUUUUAUACAGAUGUCAGCUAAUCUUAACAUCUAUAAAAUACAGACAGACGUUGCAGGCCAACUUGAUGUUGAUAUAAUUGUCUUCCCAGAAAAUGGAAUAUAUGGAUAUAAACUAAACUCACCCUCCGAUAUAGAAAACUACCUAGAAUUUAUUCCCGAUCCUUCAAAGGUCAACUGGACGCCAUGCAUUGAACCUGAUCGGUAUAAACGCACAAGGGUGCAAGCGUUCCUUAGUUGUCUUGCAAUGAAUAACUCCAUAUACCUAGUUGCUAACUAUGGUGAUAGACAACCUUGUCUAUCUUCCGAUUCUAAUUGUCCUCGGAACGGAUACUACCAAUAUAAUACUAAUAUCGUGUAUAAUAGAGAAGGAACACUUAUUGCAAGAUAUCACAAACAGAAUUUGUUCUUAGAGACACAAUUCCAACAGCCUGUUAAUGCAGAAACGAUUUUCUUUGAAACUGACUUCGGAAGGUUUGGGAUCUUGACUUGUUUUGAUAUUUUGUUCAAGAGUCCUGUCAUUAAUUUGCUGGAACAAGUUGGUGUAACUGAUAUCGUGUUCACCACAGCAUGGAUGGACGCAUUGCCAUUCUUUACUGCUAUUGGCUACCACUCAUCUUUUGCGCAUGCGUAUAACGUCAAUUUCCUCAGCGCGAAUCUCCACAAUCCAUCGGAACGAAUUCAAGGCAGUGGGAUAUACACACCAGAUGGCGCUCUAUCGUAUUACUAUGACAGAAGUUCACAAAAUGGACGUCUUCUGGUUACCCAUGUCCCCGUCAUUAGUCACGAAAGAAGGGUAUUCACAAAGUUUACUAUUAACACUACUGAAAUAAAGUUUUUACGAAAACAAGAAUUUCAAGGCAGACUGUUCGGUGAUAUGUAUAAUUUUAUUAGUCUUCGGUCAAAAAAUGAAAAAGUUACAAUUUGUUAUGAAGAUUUUUGCUGUUUCCUUUCGUAUGAACGAUACGAUAUAAAGGGCAAUUACGCUUUUGGAGUUUUUAGUGGAAUACACACUAAUAACGGUCCAUAUUUCCUUCAGGUUUGUAUUCUGCUGAAAUGUGUUUCGGAGGACAAUCGUUCGUGUGGUCGAUACACUCAUGAUGCAGACGGAAACUUUCAAUAUUUUAAUAUGAGAGGUAAUUUUUCAACUCCUUAUAUUACACCACAAGUAGUGACAUGCAGAAAUGGAACCCUCGAGUUGCCACCACCUUUUGCUUUGAAAUUUGAUGCAAAUGGCUUAACCGGAAGUUCAACGAUGUCACCAUUAUUAGAAACAUCCCUUGUUGGGCGCAUUUAUGACAGGGAUAAAGGAUCAAAUCACGUGGUAGCCGAUAAUCCUCGAAUUGUUCAAACCUCAUGG